GAGAGCCGGGCCAGACGGGCGCGCGCGCGGGCUGUGCGGACGGGGCGCGCAUCGGCCGCGGGCGGCUCGAGGGGUCCUGCAGAGCGGCGUCGAGAACCGGAGCGUCCGGCUGACAAGCGGACGCCGCGAUGGCCGAGGGCAGCGCCGUGUCCGACCCUCAGCACGCCGCGCGCCUGCUGCGGGCGCUCAGCUCUUUCCGCGAGGAGUCCCGCUUCUGCGACGCGCACCUGGUCCUCGACGGGGAGGAGAUCCCGGUGCAGAAAAACAUCCUGGCGGCGGCCAGCCCCUACAUCAGGACAAAGUUAUACUAUAAUCCUCCAAAAGAUGAUGGAUCAACCUAUAAGAUUGAACUUGAAGGGAUAUCGGUAAUGGUUAUGAGAGAGAUCCUGGAUUACAUCUUCAGUGGGCAGAUCCGGCUAAAUGAAGAUACAAUCCAAGAUGUUGUACAGGCAGCAGACCUGCUCCUGCUGACAGAUCUUAAGACUCUGUGCUGUGAGUUUCUAGAAGGCUGUAUUGCUGCUGAGAACUGCAUUGGGAUCCGAGACUUUGCCCUUCAUUACUGCCUGCACCAUGUCCAUUACCUUGCCACAGAAUACCUGGAGACUCAUUUCCGAGACGUCAGCAGCACAGAAGAGUUCCUAGAACUGAGUCCUCAAAAGCUUAAAGAAGUGAUUUCUCUUGAGAAGUUAAACGUUGGCAAUGAAAGAUAUGUCUUUGAAGCAGUCAUUCGAUGGAUAGCACAUGACACAGAAAUCAGAAAGGUCCACAUGAAGGAUGUCAUGUCGGCACUAUGGGUUUCAGGGUUAGACUCCAGCUACUUACGGGAACAGAUGCUGAAUGAACCUUUAGUACGAGAAAUUGUCAAAGAGUGCAGCAACAUUCCACUCAGCCAGCCACAGCAGGGGGAGGCGAUGCUGGCGAAUUUCAAACCCCGGGGUUACUCAGAAUGCAUCGUGACUGUUGGUGGAGAAGAAAGAGUUUCACGGAAACCAACAGCAGCGAUGCGAUGUAUGUGCCCUCUUUAUGACCCUAAUAGGCAGCUUUGGAUUGAACUGGCCCCUUUAAGCAUGCCAAGAAUUAACCACGGAGUGCUCUCAGCAGAAGGAUUUUUGUUUGUAUUUGGGGGCCAAGAUGAAAAUAAGCAGACCCUGAGCUCAGGAGAAAAGUAUGACCCAGAUGCAAAUACAUGGACAGCAUUGCCACCAAUGAAUGAGGCAAGGCAUAACUUUGGAAUUGUGGAGAUAGAUGGAAUGCUGUACAUUUUAGGAGGAGAGGAUGGUGAGAAAGAGCUAAUUUCCAUGGAGUGUUAUGAUAUUUAUUCUAAAACCUGGACAAAGCAGCCUGAUUUGACCAUGGUUAGAAAGAUUGGCUGCUACGCAGCUAUGAAAAAGAAAAUCUAUGCCAUGGGUGGAGGAUCAUAUGGAAAACUUUUUGAAUCUGUGGAAUGUUACGACCCAAGGACCCAGCAAUGGACUGCUAUUUGCCCCCUGAAAGAGAGAAGGUUCGGCGCUGUCGCCUGUGGAGUUGCCAUGGAGCUCUACGUGUUUGGGGGAGUCCGAAGUCGCGAGGACAUCCAGGGUGGUGAGAUGGUGACUUGCAAGUCUGAAUUCUACCAUGAUGAGUUUAAAAGAUGGAUCUAUCUUAAUGACCAGAAUUUAUGCAUCCCCGCGAGUUCCUCUUUUGUUUAUGGAGCUGUACCCAUAGGAGCCAGUAUUUACGUUAUCGGAGAUCUUGAUACAGGUACCAAUUACGACUACGUGCGUGAGUUUAAGAGAAGCACAGGAACCUGGCACCACACUAAACCACUCCUUCCCUCCGACCUUCGCCGCACCGGGUGUGCAGCCUUACGUAUUGCAAAUUGCAAGCUUUUCCGCCUGCAGCUUCAGCAAGGCCUAUUCCGUAUCCGUGUUCAUUCGCCUUGAAGAAGAAGCAGAGCAGAAGCAGAGCUCCUGACCAAGUGCACCACAACACGGCUUUAUGUGAGGGGAACAGAAAUGGCAGCCAGAACUUGCUCUGCGUGCCGGGCUUUGUAUGGUACCUCUGGUGGUUUUAUAAUGCUUAGAAGCUUGAGCUUCAGCUCUUGUUUGGGAGAACACGUGAUUGUUGAAAACUACCUGGGAGGAAGCAGCUCCUCCAGUUAGAUGUGUCUGUGCACAAACAGAGGCUAGUAAAUGUCAGAAGGAAAAGGAAAGUGAGAAUCGGUAUAAUGUAAAAUAUUGACGUUAAAAUACUAAGGUGCGUUUUCCUUGAAGGGAACUCGUAUCCGACUGACGGUUGUGUGCGAGUCCCUGGCUUUGGUAAAUAAACAAACAAAAAUCCAUAUAUGCAAAUCAACAUAUCCUAACAUACCAAGAUUGCUUUCUACUGCACCUGAAAGGGAGCAUUAUGCCUAACCCUGCCCGACCAAGUAAGGUUUGUGCCUACAAUGUUAGAUUGGACUGUAUGCGAGCUCGUGUCCAUAUACUACUAGUACUCUGUCCUGAGACUCUUUUUAAACUAUAUUAUGAUGAAUUGAAACUAAGAUAAAAUUUAUCUUUGAUGACAUUCUAUCUUAGUAAUCUAAAGAUUUAAUAAAUUAAUGAGUCAGGUUGCAGCCCUCAUGUGAAUUUCAAGGAAGUUGCUAACCUCUGUGUUAAUUUGGAUUAAGACACGUCAUGUCAUCAUUUCUGGGGUAGUACUCUUGGCGUUGUGAAGGAUCUCAUGCAGUGCCAUUCUUCUUUCCAAUUAACCAAAACCACUUUAUAAAUAUGAGGGUAUUAGUGAGUAUGAGAUUUUAUAAAAGAAAGACUUGAGUCAGACAAAUAAAAAAGGUCUGCUAUGACUAAAAAAACUGUCCAGACAAAAUAUAUAGGGAUCAAAAACUUUUAAAAACAAUCUGUCUGAAAGCACACACAGUCUUGUUUACUACUGUUUAGGAUGAAAACUUGUCUUAGAACGUGAAUCUUUGUUAAGAAUCUCGUCUUUGUAGUAGAAUUUUCUCAAUGCCGUUCACUAGUAAGAGUUCUAGAUAAAUUACAAGUAAAGUUUGGCUGGUAGAGUCAACUACCUCAACCCAAUUGCAUUCUGUUCAUCAUAGAGCAAAUUCAUCCUUUCCUCCCUCUCUCACUCCCGUGCCAGCCCACUCUCCCCACUUCCUACUGGGGGGAAGGUCUGUCCUUAGUAGCACUUAUCUUGUAAGAUAUUUUGUUUUCCAUUCGAAUUAUACCACCUUAGCAGGAAAUCAGGGACUUCAAAGUUCUUGAUUACUUCAUAAUUUGAAUUUUAUGCAAUAUCAGAUUUCUAAUCAAUUUAAUAUAGAAGUCUUCAUUUUUAAUUGUUUUCUACAGCUUUUAUUUUUCUCUUAGAAUAUGGCUCUAAGAAGCAGGAUUUUUGUCUUACUGGUUAAUGUAUAAAUGUAUCCUUUGGCUAUAAAUUUGAGAACAGGAAUUUCUUGUAGAGACUUCCUGUGUGGAAUGUUUAUAUGCUAUUAACAUGCAUAGAAAUGUUGCUUAUGUUUUCCCACUGUGAACAGAAAAAGGGGUGAGCAGUUUUUUUCUUACACCUGUUAGUAGUCAAUACAAUGCUGUAAAAGUUGCUGAAGGGAGCCUUGCCCGUGGGGGUUCUAAAGAAUGUUAUUCGUGGCACGUUAACUCUCUGUUGUGGCAGAAGAUUUUGGUAGCAGAAGGUAUAAGGUUUUUGUCUUCUCUGUCAGAGGCACUAGGCCACAUUUGCCACACGUUCGUGUAACACAGUCAGAUUCGAUAUGUCAAUCAAAGCCAGCCUUUUUUCUUUGCAUCGUGUACCAGUCAGCUGUUGUCUGCACACUUUCCCAACAAUACUUGGAUAUCCUUUAAUCAGAGCAAGCUAUGUGGCCACGACAAAGAAAGAAAAUUUUCUUUUUACAAUUAGAUAUAGGGGAAACAAGUUGCUGAAAAAGUGAAUUUUCUUUGGUAAAAUACCUAGUACAGAACAGAACCUUGGCAUCAGAAGCUGCGGUUGCGGUACGUUAAAGUAGUGACUGAUACCUUAUUAAAGCCUUCACAGUCAGAAAAUUCUCUUUGUUUUUUAAUUUCUGGAGUUUAAAAUUCUUCCCAGUCUAUGCUGGGCCUUCCCAAGGAGACAGUUUGUUGUUUAGGAAUGAGUGGGUUGCUACUGCAGUGUUGUCAGUGCCUGCGUGGCUGGGUCAGUUCAUUUUAUAGAAGUAGUUCGUUUUUUUUUUUUUUUUCAUUCAGUUCAUUGACACUGUAGCUACAGAAAUUAGAUAAUAUUUUUUAAAAUAAAUUUGCAACAUAAUAGAUGCAGUAACCAACAAAAGCUGCUAAGUGCCACACUGUUAUUUUACUAAUGUAUAAAUAUAAAAAUAUUAUGUUGAAGUGUAGGGAUAUAUUUAAUUUUAUUAUAUUCCAAAAUUAAUCAUGACUUUUUUGUAAAUUACAGUUAUUUCAGUAUUGUGAAAUAAAUUUUAACUCAUUUCAUGCAGGUUUAUGUUUUAACAUUCCACUUAUGCCUUGAAACAUCUUUUCCUGAUAAAUUUUUGAUAAUUCUUUUUCCAUAAGGCAUUUUUACCAGAUGUAUGUUGGAAUUGGCGGCUGACGAUAGAUCUUAAAAUUUUAAACAUAAAUCUUUGGGGGAAGUGCAAUUUAUUUUCAUUAUCCCACCAACAGAAGGAAAGUUAUCUCAGGUUAGAAUAAGUGAAUAUUUAAAGGAUCUCUCUUAGGCUACAGUCUAAAGUAAGUUUGUUUGUUUCUUUCUUUGUUUAACACAUCCAAAUAUAGAUUUUUCAACGAUCUAAGUGUUUAAUUUAAAAUGAAGUGUUUUGGGGUUUCUUUUUUUUUUUGUGAUAGUGCUUAUAUCCUGUGAGAGGAAAAAGUGUGAGAGAGAGAUGAGGUGUGUGAGAGUGUGUGUGUGUGAGAUGUGACUUGGUAAGUCUGUUUGUACAUGUUUACUUUUUGAAUUGUAGUUCCAAACUACAUACAUUACUGUCUCCUGGUGCUUCAGAUAAAUUCUUGAGCCUGUGGCCCUUCGGUUUAUACUACUGGGUUAAACUCAUGUUGAGUGUAAAUAUUGGUAUAUUUGUAGUUUGUAGUAAGUUUUACUUGGUGUUUGCAUUUCUUUUCUUUAGUGGGAUUAAAAACAGUGUUUACCAACUAGUUGUUGGUAUGCUAUAAAGAUUUGGCCUAAGAAAUGUCUAAAUUCAUUGUUUAUUUCAUGAUUUCAUUGCUGUGAGGGUUGGUAGCUAGCAGUAGGCUUUUCUCAAUCUGUGCAACAACAAGGAAAGAACCUCUGAGGAGUGCUGGGCGGGAUGCUGUUUGCACUGAAGCGACUUGUUAUAUUGCACUAUCACUUUAAUGGUGGCCCUUUCUGCAGUGCGGCUUUGGAAAUGCCAUUUUCAUAAUUGAUAAGGAGGGUUCCCUAGGCCAUGUCCAGGAAGUACAUUGUUAUGUUGACAUGGUAAAGGUAGGGCUGUCUUUGCUGUGGCAUCUCAGUUCCUCAUGGUAGUAAGUUAGGUUUCUAGAGAAAUCGGUUAGCUGCCUUGGUCCAUUGGGGUUCCAUUUGGUGCGUUCCUGCUUCAGUGUACCAAACCGGGGAUCCCACAGCGUUUUCCAGGGAGCGCUAAAGACACUGCAGUACUACCUUCCAGAAUGUUGGCUUUCUUGAUUCAAGAGGAGGCCCCCUGGGGUCAGAUGAAGACAUUUGAUUAUCUGGGGAAAGAAUGAGGUGUCGCUUUCACUGCAUCAAUGUACAAGGUGCUGGGACCCCAUUACAAAGCACCUGGCAGAGGGGCAGGGCGAGGCCGCUCUCGGUCGGUGGCUGCGUCUCGAGCCUGUGAGGCUUGUGGGAGCCGACGAGGAAAGAGAUUCCCAUUGGUGCAGAAAAGCCUGCCCUGGGUUUAAUCAACAAAUGUUUAUCGAGCACCUACUAAGAAUUCUGCUUGGAUUUCUGGGGAGCUUGACGGUGAGGCAGAGGUACUCCUGCCCUCCCUCUAGGUUACAGACUCUUUGUGGGCAAGGCCCUCUUUUACUCAUCUGCCAAUCCCAGUGCUUGGACACAGUGGGUAGUCAAUAAAUGUUUGACCAGUGAAUAUAGUAUGCAUGUGAUCAAAGUGAUAUUCUGCAUAGGAUUGAAAAGUACUCUCCAAGAGUGACUUAUUUUCCUGGAUUUUAAAUGAAACAUUUUGUACACAGAUGGGCUGGCCUCCUAAUAGAGAGUGGGAAACUAGUACAGAAUAAAAAAUGCCAAGUGCCUGCCAUAGAUGAUGCCCAAUCCCACGGUCUCUGUAUGUUCUGUGGGGGUUUUGAGACCCUGUACUCAGCACACCUAAUAACGUUGAUCACAUUAUAUAGUGUUGGGCUUUAUUUAUUGCAUUUUACAUGGGGCUCAAAAUCCCAGAACAUACUGCUUUGGUCCUCACAUCUCUGUGAUGGGUGCAGUGCUCUCCACUGGACGGAGAGCAGUCUCUGAGGCCAGGAGACACAGCUAAAUUUCCCACUUCAGGUGUGAGUAGGAACCAAAAGCAGAAUCCAGGUCUUUGGAUUAUCAUUUCACGUCCAGCCUGUUAGACUACCACUUAAUUUUCUUAGACAUACGAGUAUUUUUAAUCAUAUAAUUAUUUGUGGUAUAACUUAAAUCCCCAAACAUAUCUUUUGCAAGUUGCACAGAUAGAAACUUGAAAAAUCUUUGGCUUUCUUUGUCAGUUAGCUAUGGAAAAUGUAAGAGUUUACUACUAAGGUCGUAAGAACAGAAGUAAUAAGUGUGUUUGAAGGAGAAGCUGUUUUUACUUCGAAAGAGCUGAAGCUUCAUUUAAACUUCCCUUUCUUACCACAUGUAAGGAGUAACAGAAAAGGCACUGUGUCCUAGAAUGGUGAGGAAAGUGUUUCGCUAGCUUUCUAAUAAUCCCUGCAGUAUUCUUUGUAGCUGCUUCAGAAAUUAUAGAAAUGGGUGGUAUGCAGGUGAGGCAUGACCCACUUGCCCAUGUCUGAGAAGAACGUGAACUCAGGUUGCGAGCUUGUGUCGCCUGCUGGCAGUGAGAUCUUAAUCUCGUUCAACUAUAGACUUUUUCUAUUUUUUUGGCAAUCUAGCCAGUAAAACUUUUAAAAUUUUUAUAUCUUUCAGAAGUAAUGCUAUUAUUAUUUUAAUUUUAAACAUAUCUCAGCGUUGUCUCAUUGCAGUAGUUCAUUUAUGGGACAUGUGGGGAGCUCAGUGAGGACUCUGUUCUUUGGUCCGAUGCACACAGUUUAGGAAAGUUUGUUCUUUUCCGUUCUAUCAUUGAAGUUCUCUAAGGGAUUAGAUUUUUAAACUCCAUCCCUUUCUCUUGAAAUCAAAUAUCUAAUAAAUAAAACAACAUUGCAUAAUUAUCUAGUGAGAAAAGUCUAUUGCCUUUUCUUUUUUAUUUUGAGAUUAAAAACUAGUCUUUUUAAAUUGCUACUCAACUGAAAUUUGAGCUGAUCAUAAUUUUUGAUAUUGAUGUCCUCAUGGCCCAACGAAGGUGUGGUAGUUCUUAAAUCACUGUGAUUUGAGUUAGAGAAGGUACGAGCAGGAGGGAUGACAGCCCAGAGUCUGGGUGCACGCUGCGUAAGAUGAAGUGGAGAAAGAUCAGCCAGUUCCUAUGACCUGUGUAAGUAAAUGGCCGCUGCAGAGAAUUCAGAUCCCUAGUAGAUGUAAGGUCAUCUUUCUUUCUGGUUGGUGAAUUAUAUUCAUUAGAACUUUAUUUUUAGCAUUUCAGUACAAAUCAUAGGUUUUGAAGCACCUUAUUUUUAUUUUUCUUCCUCAUCAGUUACAUAUAAGGUGUACCUUAGAAGCUCGAGUUGGAUUUUCUCGAGUUGAACCAGUGAGCUUGGUGUAAAUAUGACUCGACAUGGCUGCUUUGUCGAGUUUCCUGCUUCAUUGGGUGAGAAUUACGUGCGCGUGUCCCCUUGUCCUUUGUGUUUAUAGGAAACCCCUGUUCUCGCUACCUCAUUGUGUGUGUUGGGCUUGAUUGCACGCCAGGUUAGAAUUCAGCACGUUCUGCCCCAACAAAAUCCUGGAAGCAGGCCGUGCGCGGCCUUGAGGAGUACAGUCCUCCAAGGCGUGUUCCCACUUUGCUACUUCUUUUCUUCAAUAGGCACUUUUAAUCAGGAGGAGCAAUAAUUCUCCUAGAGCUGCUGCAAAGCGAUUACUUGAAACUCAACUUGAACUUUAAAGAGUCUUUAAAAGACUAUGUUUUCAUAAUGUAGAAAAGUGGUAUAUUAAACACCACUGCUGUGUAAAAUAGAGGGUUUGAUUUCCAUCCUUGUUAGGGUCAGACAGGAGAAUUUGUAUAUCAGUAAUUUGACCCAGUGUUUGGGAUUUAAAUGCUUGAGGCUACUAUUUUUCCUUUUCUAUAAGGUGCUAUUGUGAGCGGUUUAAGGAUCCAAGGGUAUUUUCAUGAAUUUGUUUCCCAAGAAUCCUUAAUUUUCAUGAAAAUAUAGGCUCAUUAUUAGAUUCCCCUUCUGUUUUAGUUCUGAUAACCUGGGGUUUUAAAAUGAAACUCUGAAACAGUUUCCUAAGUGCAGGGUUGAGGUUGACCGAACACACAGAAGUGCAUUAGACUUAAAAUCUCGAGUGAUGGGAUUUGUUCCGUGUGUCAGUGGAGCGUCCCCCACUUCCUCCUGUAGCGCCUUCUCUGCAUGGCACGUGUGGGGCUCUGUCCUCCCAGCGGCUGUCAGCUGGCCUGGGAGCUGUGAGGCCCCUUGCUUCUUGCAGACAGACCCUCCCUUCUUGGAGAGAUUUCUCAUAGGAAUUACCCAGUGUCCCUAGUGCCCAAAAGAGUCAUGCCCCAAACCCUAGCCUGCUGGGAAUAACUGACGUAAAAUCUAAAACUUCUCUGUCCUUACGCGUUACUGAGGUUUAAUUUUUAUGCUUGUACUUUUUAGAGAAGGGUCUUGCUCCUGACAGGAGAACAGCAGGCUUUCUCCUGUGGUGACAGCAUGUCAGCACGUGUGGAUCUGGCAGCAGCCAAGAGACUUUUUUUGAGUGGUUUCCAAGAGAACCGAGGCUUACCCACUUAAAGCCCCAAACUUUCUAAUUUCAAUUAUGUUGAGGA